AAGCGAGUGGAGCUCUACGAUAGGCUGUGGAGAGAAGCAGCUGUUGCGGCUAUUGUAGUAGAGAGCCACAGUCUGUAUUGAAGAAAACGGCAGUCUAUUUUUCCUGUUUGACAAUGACUGUAUUGAAUCAUUUCAAAUAAAUGAAAGUAAAAAUAGAAUUCUAAAAAAAUAAUCAAUGGUACAGAAAGGUAGUAUGUCCAGGACGCCUUCGACCUCUACCCAGGAGAUCCAAAUGGACAUGUUUGAUCAUCAUCAACAGGCACAGGGAAAGUGUGCCAAGCGAAAGGGUCGAUUCAAACGCUCCGACGGAAGCACCUCCUCUGACACCACCUCUAACAGCUUCGUCCGCCAGGGCUCUGCUGACUCCUACACUAGCCGGCCAUCAGACUCAGACGUGUCUCUGGAGGAGGACCCUGAAGCGCUGAGAAAGGAAGCUGACAGACAGGCCCUCGCCACACUCGAGAAAGCCAAGACCAAACCAGUGGCGUUUGCAGUGCGGACAAAUGUGGGCUACAACUCCGGCCCCAACGAUGAUGUGCCUGUGCAGGGCAUGGCCAUUUCCUUCGAAGCCAAAGACUUCUUGCACAUCAAAGAGAAGUACAAUAAUGACUGGUGGAUCGGGCGCCUGGUGAAGGAGGGCUGUGAGGUGGGCUUCAUCCCCAGCCCCGUCAAGCUGGAGAACACCAGGCUCCUGCAGGAGCAGAGGAUGAGACAGAACCGCCUGAGCUCCAGUAAAUCUGGUGGGAGCUCCAGCCUUGAUGUUGCCACGGGAACCCGUAGGCCCACCCCUCCUGGCACAGCUCACGUGGACAUGUCCACUAUGAACUAUGACCUUGACCCCCUGGACCUGGAUGCCGAGGAACCCCCUGAGCCCCAGGGUGACCCUCGCUCCUCCAAGGGCAACGCAGGCAGCGUCACAUCCCCGCAGGCCAACGCCCACCGCCUGCCCUUUUUUAAGAAGAUGGAGCACGUCCCCCCCUAUGAUGUGGUUCCAUCCAUGAGACCCAUCAUUCUCGUGGGGCCUUCACUCAAGGGCUAUGAGGUGACGGACAUGAUGCAGAAGGCUCUGUUUGAUUUUCUUAAACACAAGUUUGAGGGAAGGAUCUCCAUUACACGGGUCACAGCAGACAUCUCCCUAGCCAAGCGUUCAGUCCUCAACAACCCCAGCAAGCACACUAUCAUCGAGCGCUCCAGUACACGCUCCAGCCUGGCGGAGGUGCAAAGUGAGAUUGAGCGAAUCUUUGAGUUGGCCCGUACCCUGCAAUUGGUUGCCCUGGACGCAGACACCAUCAACCACCCCUCUCAGCUGUCGAAGACCUCCUUAGCCCCCAUCAUUGUCUACAUCAAAAUUGCUUCACCUAAGGUUCUACAGAGGCUCAUCAAGUCCAGGGGGAAGUCCCAGGCCAAACAUCUGAAUGUGCAGAUGGUGGCAGCAGACAAGCUGGCUCAGUGCCCUCCUGAGCUGUUUGACAUCAUCCUGGAUGAGAACCAGCUGGAGGAUGCCUGUGAGCACCUAGCAGACUACCUGGAGGCCUACUGGAAGGCCACACACCCACCCAGCAGCAACCCUCCGAAUCCCCUGCUCAACCGCACCAUGGCCACAGCUGCCCUGGCCUCCUCCCCAGAGCCAGUCUCCAACCUGCAGGGGCCGUAUCUGGUACACGGAGAACAGAAGCGCGAGGGACCUCUGUCGGAGCGCGGUGGAAGUGGCAGUCUCCAUGACUACCACAGCGAUGUAAGUGGGAAACAGCAGCAGCAGCAGCACCAACAGCAGCAGCAGCAGCAGACGUACCUGCGUUCCUCACGCGGCCAGUUGCGGGGUGGGGGUGGGCGGGGCCUCGCACGGCAGGACACCUUUGACUCGGAGACGCAGGGCAGCCGGGACUCGGCCUAUACUGAGGCAGGAGACUCCUGCAUGGACAUUGAGACCGACCCGUACGACGAGCCGGAGCAUCACCGAGGGGGCGGGGGCAGCCGCUUCCACCUGGCGCAGCACCACGUCCGCCAGGCCUCCUGGGAAGACGAAGGCGCAGAGCCGGAUCAGGAGAACCUUAACCACCCUCCGAUGCCCAGCCAGCCGCAGCAGCAUAGACGUGCCAAGCUGAGGGAAAGGCACUGCCAGGACUCCGGAGACACCAGUGCCAACAUGGGCCGCAACAAAAACCAGGAAGACUGGGGGAGGGACGUGUAUAUCCGCUAAACACACAUCGUACCAUAGGCUAGGAUGCUGAUGGACAGACUGGGGGGGAAGGGGUAUGGAGGAAGGAAAGCAGAAGAGAAGGGCAGGGUAGGGGUUAAGGUUUGAGGUUUGAGGUUAGCAACAACAGAAAGGUGGGUUUGUGGGCCAUGCCAAUCAGAGACUCAUGAAUUAAUCUGUUUACAACCCUACUAAAGGUACUUUCUCAUUCUAGAGUACACUGUAAUUAGAUACAUUAACUGCUAGAUGCCAUCCUCAUGAAAUUAUUCUAGUGAUUCAACUUAUUUUUGUUUUGAAAAAAGCAGUUUGGUCUUUUCUGUUUCUUUUGUUAGUACUGCAUGAAUGUCAUGGAAUCCUACUGACAGCACGAGGACAGUUAUUGUAUUGAUUGUGAAUUUAUGAUUGUGAUCUGAUCUGUAUGAUUCAAUCUCUCCUAUAGUGUACAAUGUGAUGGCUGGUAGAGGUGUCAUCUGUCAUGUCUGUCCUCUGCAGUCUUAAACAGGGUCUGUCCCCACGUAGAGUUUCAGGGUCUCCACAGAGCUUCACGACUUCAGGGUUCAGCCACACAGCUUUGGAGUCUCUUUCCUCACAUCACUCAGACCUUAAACCUGUCAAGUUUAAUUUAACAUAAUUUAUUCCGAUUAUUUAUUCAGAUAACAGUUUGAAUGAUUGUUAACUAAAUAAGGUUAACGAUACAAAAGCACCCCAAAGAUACUGGACUUCUUCCCUGACCUGCUUCAGCCAUAGCAUUCUAAUAGAACUGUACUGUACAUGUCUGGUUCGUCCAUCUGCUCGGUUUCCUGUCUUUAGAGAGUUGCCGUGGGUGAUAGUUUUGCUCCUGUAGUAAUCACUUGUACUCACAGUUAAUAAGCAGCACUACAGUGGUAGUUGACGUGUAUGUAAGUGAACGAAUUGUCUUGCCUUAGUUUCACACCCUCAGAUUUAGUCCAAUCACAAGUGCCGGAAUGUCUCGCCAAGCCACUCCCACUUUUAUUGUGGUGGGAUGUCUUAACACUCUGUUUUCAUGAUGUUUCUGUGUCUAUCUGUCUGCUGUCUACUCUGCACUGGAACCAGCCUGCCGCUACUGCACAAUGUUCAUCUUGUUUUUGUUUUUUUUAGGGCAGACUGAUAGUUAUGAAGAGUUAUUUUGCAUAGUAUAUCACUCCCAAGUUACACCCAAACAGCUAUCUUGUGUCAGAAGAGAAAAUGCCAUGUACUUCUAUUGAUUUAUGACUGACCUUUGUGUUGUUUUUCCUGUGGACAUUUGCAUUUGAUAAAUCUUCAGUUCUUGUAAGAUAGUGAGAGGAGCAGGAAGUGAGGUAGGGGACUGGUGCAUACAUGGUCUUUGCUUAGUUAUCUAAAUGGAGAAUCCAUGAAUGUCUUUGGUGGGCUCCUUCUGCCUACCACGUUUCUUCAGUUAAAUAAAUGAAUAUUAAAUAAUGA